CCCCCGCGGGCGGGAGCGCGCUCUGACAGCUGAUGAUGCGCGUGAAUGAGCCGCGGGGUGCGCGCACUGACAGCUGAAGGUUCUCCGCGAUGACGGACACUCCGAUGCCCCAUCAUCUUCCUCAUCAUCUCCAGCAGCAUCAGCACCCGCAUCCCUGAGCACCGCACAGCAUCUUCCUCAUCCUCCUCCUCAUCCGUCCUCCAUGCAGCAGAGCCGCGCGGCGCCUGUCGCGUUUCUCGCUGUCCGCCCUCGCUCCUCCUCCGCCAUCCUCUGCGGCUGAAGCCGCUCCGUGUCCAUCACCUGCUCGCCGUGUCCCGUCUCCGUCCUCCCGCAGGAUGCUGUCCUACGCGGGGAUGCUCGCGCUGCUCCUCAUCCACGGGAACGUGAUGCUCCCGUAUGUAUCAUCUCAGAACGCUGGGUUUGUGAAGUCGCCAAUGUCAGAGAUAAAGCUCACAGGAGACGCCUUCGAGCUGUACUGCGACGUGGUGGGUAACCCCGUGCCGGAGAUCCAGUGGUGGUAUGCUGAUAUUAACAGGGCGGACUCCUUCAAGCAGCUGUGGGACGGUGCACGCAAGCGGCGGGUGUCCAUCAACACGGCGUACGGAGCCAACGGUGUGAGCGUGCUGGCCAUCUCCCGCCUCACGCUGGAGGACGCUGGGAUCUACGAGUGCAGGGCCAGCAACGACCCGCGCCGCAACGACCUCCGCCAAAACCCGUCCAUCACCUGGAUCCGAACGCAAGCCACCAUAUCCGUGCUGCAGAAGCCACGAAUCAAUGCUUCCGAUCAGGAGAUUUUGCAGCCUAAAAGCGGGCAGGAGUUGCCCAUCACCCUUCAGUGUAACCUCACUAACUCACACAGCACCCACCGGGAGACCUUCUGGAUGAAGAACGGACUGGAGAUUCCCAACACCAGGACGGAGCACAAACACACCAAGUUCAAGUUAAGUAAACCGAGGACAGAUGAUUCGGGUGAAUACAUGUGCGUUUACAGCUUUAAGUCGGCUCCCAAUGCCAAUGCUUCCAUUGAGGUCAAAGCUGCUCCUGAAAUCCUCGGCCAUAAACGAAGCGAGAACAAAAAGGAAGGAGAAAAUGCAACGCUGUACUGCAAAUCGGUGGGAUACCCGCACCCUCUGUGGACGUGGCGCAAGAAAGUGGGCCGGGGAUCUUACAUCGACGUUGACAACAGCACCGGACGAUUCUUCAUCAUCAACAAAGAGAACUUCACCGAGCUGAGCAUCAUUGGUCUGGACAUCAGCACAGAUCCGGGCGAGUACGUCUGCAACGCCUCAAACAUCAUCGGCUCCAAAGAGUCCGUGACCAUCCUGCGGGUGCGGAGCCACCUCGCCCCGCUCUGGCCUUUCCUGGGCGUCCUAGCCGAGAUCAUCAUCCUCGUGGUCAUCAUUGUGGUUUACGAGAAGCGCAAGAGGCCUGACGAGGUUCCAGACGAUGACGAGCCAGUUGCACCAAUAAAAACCAACUCUACAAACAACCACAAAGACAAAAACGUACGACAGCGGAACGCCAACUGAGCCCACGGACCGACGGAGAAGACAGCUGAAGAUGACCAACUGCAUAUCCUGACCAUACGGACGUAUCCGAGGAGAGGAGACGCUCCUGGCGAUUUUCAGCGACGCAUAUCCUGCCUCACGUGGAGAAGAAAACAACAAUAACGACAGCGUAACACUGGCAGAAACGAACAAUACAGACUGUCUCAAGUUUGCCUUAUUCAGGCUCAUGAUGUGUGUGUGAACGUGGACGCUGCCCGAAUCGUUCUGAAGAUGAUGAAGAUGAUUUUACUACAUGUGCUGUUAACGUUGCAUUUCGUUCUUUUAUCAUGCCCUCCUGCUGCACUAAUUCUUUUUCAUAUCUACAUGUUGUCUCGAAUGCAUGCAAUAACAUAAUCGAAUAAGAUUCAGAUAUUGUUUUCUAUUGUUACUUUAAGUGGCGUUGCAUCCAAAUGAAUAGCUAGUGUGUGUGUGUGUGUGUGCGUGCGUGUGUUUUUAAAGAAAUACAAAUGGAUAAAAAAAAAAGUAAGGAAUCAUUGAGAUCUUUGUACAGUUUAUCAUCCAAUAAAACGAUACUAAAAGGAGGUGUUUUGUCUUAAACUAGAAUGCAAGAUUAUUUGUGAUUGGCAGAACAGUAUUUAAUCUUAAAGCUGAUAUUGUAUUAAAUGAAAUGGAUACAUGUGACAUUUAUUUUCUGGAGUUAUUUAGACGUCUUGUACAUGUGGUGCUGUAAGUGUUCAAAUAUUACCAUAGCAUCUGUAAAAAGGAAAAGAAUAUAUCUUUUUUUUUUUUUUGUAAAUGUUGUUUCUUUUUAGAGAAAAGAUGAUUCUUGUACAGCAUGGCUAUAAUCCUAUGCAAUAUGUAUUCAUAUAGACCUACUGACAAUUGUAAGGUUGGGCGGGUUUGUUUAAUUUCAGAGAAUUAAAAGCUUUAACGGGACAAUUCAGAGAUAAGGGUGCUUCGCAUUUGAAAUGCACUGCUGUAGUUGCAUGACAACUCCUGAUCAAUACAGUGUGUGUCACCAUGACAACGGACCAACAUACAAGGGAGGAAGUGGGUGGAGCUAAAGCCAUUACAAACUAUGUGAAACCAAUUGUUUCCUUUUUCAGAAUAAAGGUUCCAAAAUA